AUGGAGCAGGCCCCUCCGGAGUCCGAGCGGCCGGUGCAGCCGGCGCCCGUGGAGCCGCUGUGCCCGGAGUCCCCGGGCCCGGGAAGCGAGGGCGGCGACGGAGCUGUGGGGCCCCCCGCCGGGCGCCCGGGAGCCGGCGCGAUGACAGAAAAUAAUUUUGGCUUGAAGAAGAUAGAAAUUAGUGUUUCAGAAGCAGAAAAGCGAACUGGAAGAAAUGCUAUGAAUAUGCAGGAGACAUAUACUGCUUACCUCAUUGAAACAAGGUCAGUUGAACAUCUUGAUGGUCAGAGUGUCCUGACUGACUCACUGUGGAGGCGGUAUAGUGAAUUUGAGUUGCUGAGAAACUACCUUUUAGUGUGCUAUCCACAUGUUGUUGUUCCACCUCUACCAGAAAAAAGGGCAGAAUUUGUUUGGCAUAAGCUUUCUGCUGACAACAUGGACCCGGAUUUUGUGGAAAGACGACGGAUUGGUUUAGAAAACUUUCUCUUGAGAGUUGCUUCACAUCCCAUUCUUUGUAGAGACAAAAUCUUCUAUUUGUUUUUAACACAGGAAGGCAACUGGAAGGAGACAGUGAAUGAAACUGGGUUUCAGCUGAAGGCAGACUCCAGGUUAAAAGCGCUUAAUGCAACAUUCAGAGUGAAAAACCCAGACAAGAGAUUUACUGAACUGAAACACUACAGUGAUGAGCUGCAGUCUGUCAUCUCACAUCUCCUUCGAGUUAGAGCUAGAGUAGCAGAUCGUCUCUAUGGUGUAUAUAAAGUACAUGGAAAUUAUGGGCGAGUUUUCAGUGAAUGGAGUGCCAUAGAAAAGGAAAUGGGGGAUGGAUUGCAGAGUGCUGGCCAUCAUAUGGACGUGUAUGCAUCUUCUAUUGAUGAUAUUUUGGAAGAUGAAGAACAUUAUGCAGAUCAAUUGAAGGAGUAUCUUUUCUAUGCAGAAGCACUGAGGGCGGUGUGCAGGAAGCAUGAACUUAUGCAGUAUGAUUUGGAAAUGGCUGCUCAGGAUUUAGCAUCCAAGAAGCAACAAUGUGAGGAACUGACAACUGGGACUGUGAGAACAUUUUCUCUGAAGGGAAUGACUAACAAGCUCUUUGGUCAAGAAACUCCAGAGCAGAGAGAAGCCAGAAUAAAGGUGCUAGAAGAACAGAUCGGUGAGGGAGAACAGCAGCUGAAGUCUAAAAACUUGGAAGGCAGAGAAUUUGUGAAAAAUGCUUGGGCUGAUAUUGAACGCUUCAAAGAGCAGAAGAACCGUGACUUAAAGGAGGCUCUCAUAAGUUAUGCAGUCAUGCAGAUCAGUAUGUGCAAAAAGGGAAUUCAAGUUUGGACCAAUGCUAAGGAAUGCUUUAGCAAGAUGUAAUCCUUCGAAACGAAUUUCUCUUCAAUCAAAAUGUCCCAAAACAGAAGCACAAGUAAAUUUAUUUUUAAUUUAAGUUGUUAACCCAGUAAACAUGAAAUGCAAAUUGAUUAGAUUUAACUUUUUAAAUUUUAACUGUAGUUGUGUUAAUAUUGCAUAAGAAGGAUAGGAUGUAUUUUAAUAGUAAAGAUUAAUUAUUAUAAUUUGAGGUUUUGGGGACUGGUGCUGAUUCUAAAAUGUUUGUUUGAUGAUACAUACCAACAGACUGUCAGGCUUCUGAACCAAUGACUUGAUGUCAAGAUGUUAAGUAAUUUCUAGAUGUUUGUUUCAGUGUCAACUGUUUGACAUCUGUGUAUGUAGGGAGUUGUUGUGUUUUUUUUCCCUAAGAUUGAGUUUCUAUCUUUACUUGGUAAGACCCGCUAAUACUGUUAGGAGGGUUAGUUUUUCUUGCCUUAUAGUUGAGCUGUUUGGUUUGACAAGGCUCAGCAGAAACCUAGUGUGAAAUCAAAUAUUUUCUCUCACAUUCAAUGAUGUCCCCAGUAACGUCCACAUAUACUAGAAAAUGCCUUCAAUUUUUGUUUUACCGGAAUUUUGAUAUUGGUCAAAAUUUUGUAUUAACAACGAAAAAGACAACUUCUCAGAGUAAGUAGAAGAAUAUACAUUGUUAUGAUAGAGAACUUGCUAUAUAGAAAGUUUUAAUUGAAUAUGUUAUUACAUAUUACGUAUAAGCAUUAAAUUCUUAAAUUUUUCUUAACCUCAGCAAUGAGCCUAAAUCUCCUCUGUUUGGCUCUCUACACAUGGCACUUCAGGGUACAGAUGUAGCAUUUCAGUGUAUGAGACAUAUGCGGUAACUGUGUUAACAUCUUCAUUAUUCACAUCCUUUCCUAUUGCUUGGCUGUAAUUUUUGUAAAGAUAAAUUAUGUUUCUAUGUGUGCUUAUUUGUGGUAUAUUUUCAGAAGCCAAGCUCCCUCAUUGUGCUUGCUUUUCAGAAUCUUAAAUGUGUACUCAUUACUAAUUAUGUAAAAAAAAAUAAAAAAAUUCCCAGUACUGUUUAGCAUUUGACUUUUUUACAUGUUUAAAAUGUUACUGGAUUUUUGUGCUGUUGCCAAACUUAAAAAUAAAGUAUUGUGCUGGUUUUCAAAUGGUUUGGGUUAUUUUUAACAAGUGAUAUAUGCAUUUUAGAACCUGAUGCCCUGUAAGAAAGCAUACCAGUACAUGCUAAAUUU